AUGUGUGCGCCGGCCGCAGCGGCGCUGUUUUUCGCCGCGCUUGCCGCUCUUCCUUGUAAAGGAACUGACGCGGAUUCGUCGACGAUACCAAACGAAGAACAGGAGUCAACUUCACCGCCCAUAAUAAACAAAGUUUAUCAAAUGCUACACGAUAUUUCAAGUUCACACAAUCAAGCUAAACUCCUCAACUUUAAUUACACACUUAAUGAACCGAAUAGUUUCGAAAAUAGUAAUCAAAAACAUUUCCCGAGCACAGAGAAUACUAACUACAUGUGCUGUCAAGAUUUCAUUCUGCCCAGUAAUCAAGAUGGCGCUAUCCCAAAACAAAUGCUAAAUAAAGAUAAUAAGAGAAAUAGAAAGAGACGGGUCGUUAAUGUGAUAAGGACGGAUGAGAAUUACACAUUAAGCUAUGUACAAGUGACGACGGUUACGUCUGAUCCAGAACCAAUGGCAAUGGAAAGAAGACGUAAGCCAGGGGAAGCUGGUUCCAGUGCUCCACUUCUGAACUACAUAUUUGAUACAUAUUCUAACACGCAUCAACAUCGAAAUGAAAGACCAGGAAAUGGCAACAGUAUCUACGUAGCCGCAGGACCAGAAAUUGAAGCGCUGGUUGGUUCUACUGCACAUCUGGACUGCAAAGUUGACGCUCUUCACGAUAAACUGGUUUCGUGGGUGCGUCGGAAAAACGACGAGCUACCAAUGGAGUUGCUCACGACCGGCACACAGCAAUACACCGCCGACGACAGGUAUUCAGCACGCUUCAUUCCACCAGACAUCUGGAGACUAGAAGUGAAAGAAGUCAGGCCUGCUGACGCUGCCUUUUAUGACUGCCAGCUUUCAGCCCAUCCACCACGAACUGCUCGGGUCACUUUGAGAGUACCAGAGGUGUCAGUCCGCAUCGUGGAUGGAGCUGGCGCUGAGGUGUCUGAACAAGUUUGUGAGCUAGGGAGCACGGUAGCUCUGCGAUGUGAAGUGCGGGGCCUUCGCAUGGAAGGGGGGCCGUCGCUUCUCUGGUACCGAAGGGAGGCCUUGCUUAAUGAUGACACAACGAGAGGGGGAAUUAGUGUUCGUACAGAGUUUGGCGCGAACGGAGCUAACUCUGUGCUCCGUGUGGCACGUGUGCGAAAUGAUGAUGCGGGAAGAUACACUUGCAGCAUUGCACGUGCUCCACCGCCCACACCCACACCGGCGCAUGUUUACCUACAUGUUAUUAAGGGGGAAAGUCUGGCUGAGCUACAUCAAGGACAGGGAUUAAAAAGAGUCUCGUUAUGUCUAGUAUUCACGCUCGCGACUUUACUAGUUUUACGAACUUAUAAUAUUGUAUAA